UCGCACACUCAACACAUUGAACAAGCUCACUCACACUCUCGUGUUCCUUUUGCUUUGAGCCACUCUCUCUCUUCAUUACUCUAAGCUUGGAAUCUCCAUCUAUCUGUCCCUUUCUUUAAUGGCAUUGCCUUGUACAACCAGUCACGAUCUGGAACCCAACCACUACGCUCUUCUUACUCCUACCCCCUUCUCCAUCCUCUUCUUCUGCUUCCUUCACAUCUCUUGAUUCUUCUCCAUGCUACUCUUGCAUGUGCUCCACCUCACCUGAACCAAACCAACCACAAUGGCUCAUCAUCAUCAUCAACAUGCCACUUCCUCUGUUUCGCUAUUUCUCGCUGAAUUCUUCUCAUUCUCUUUGAUUCUCGCUGCUGCUCUUCUUCCUAUUGCCUCAGCCAACACUGACCCUUCUGAUGUUCAAGCUCUUCAGGUCAUGUACAACUCGUUGAACAGUCCAUCUAUGCUAACGGGUUGGAAAGUCGGCGGUGGUGAUCCAUGCGGAGAGUCAUGGAAAGGGAUAACAUGUGAGGGCUCAGCUAUUGUUUCAAUUGAGCUUUCAGGUUUAGGACUCAACGGAACUCUGGGAUACUUGCUUUCUAACCUUAUGUCACUGAGAAAGCUUGACUUAAGUGACAACAAGAUCCACGACGCCAUUCCCUAUCAGUUGCCGCCGAAUCUUACAAGCCUAAAUCUUGCAAGAAAUAACUUAACUGGGAAUCUUCCUUAUUCUAUUUCUAUCAUGGCUUCACUCAAUUAUCUGAAUUUAAGCAAUAAUUUGCUCUCCCAGUCAAUUGGUGACAUUUUUGCUAAUCUUACUAAUCUUGCUAACCUGGAUCUAUCUUUCAAUAACUUUACAGGGGAUCUUCCUCCUUCAUGUGUUUCACUGUCCAAACUUUCUUCGCUCUUCUUGCAGAAGAACCAGUUGACUGGCUCUCUUAUUGUUCUUGUUGGUUUGCCUUUGGAGACUUUAAAUGUGGCAAACAAUAAUUUCAGUGGAUCGAUACCACACGAGCUUAAUUCGGUCCAGAAUUUCAUAUAUGAUGGAAAUUCUUUUGAUAAUGCUCCUGCUCUUCCACCGUCAGCUUCUACUUCACCCUCACCUAGUGGACCUCGUUCAAGUCAUCACCAUUCUGGGUCUGGUUCACGUAAUAAAACAAAGGAUUCUGAUAAUGAAAAUUCUGAUGGCAGUAAGAGUUUUUCAGCAGGGGCUAUUGUAGGCAUUAGUUUAGGUUCAGUGUUGGUGGCUGUUUUCGUGCUACUUGCUCUUGUUUUCUGUUUCCGAAAGCUAAAAGGGAAGGAAAAGGGUGCAAGAACAUCUAGUGGCAGCCUUCCUCCUGGAAUCACUAAUGUAACUCCACAGAUGCAAGAGCAAAGGGUGAAAAGUGCUGCUGUUACAAAUCUCAAGCCUCGACCUCCAGCAGAAAAUGUAACAGUGGAGAGGGUACCUGUAAAAAGUGGAUCUGUAAAGCAGAUGAAGUCACCUAUAACUUCCACAUCGUACACAAUUGCUUCUCUCCAGAGUGCAACAAAUAGCUUUAGUCAAGAAUUUAUUAUUGGUGAAGGUUCUCUUGGUCGAGUUUACAAGGCUGAUUUCCCCAAUGGGAAGACAAUGGCCAUUAAGAAGAUUGACAACUCAGCACUAUCAUUACAAGAGGAAGACAAUUUUCUUGAAGCUGUUUCGAACAUGUCACGCUUGAGGCAUCCAAACAUUGUUACAUUGGCUGGAUACUCUGCAGAGCACGGCCAGCGCCUUCUAGUUUACGAGUAUAUAGGAAAUGGAAAUCUACAUGACAUGCUCCAUUUUGCUGAGGACAGCAGCAAGGAUUUAUCUUGGAAUGCCCGUGUACGCAUAGCACUUGGCACGGCCAGGGCCUUAGAAUACUUGCAUGAAGUGUGCUUGCCUUCUGUUGUGCAUAGAAAUUUCAAAUCAGCAAAUAUUUUACUUGAUGAGGAGCUCAAUCCUCACCUAUCUGACAGUGGCUUAGCUGCUCUAACACCAAAUACCGAACGACAGGUAUCAACUCAGAUGGUUGGUUCAUUUGGUUAUAGUGCUCCUGAGUUUGCAUUAUCAGGACUAUACACUGUAAAAAGUGAUGUUUACAGCUUUGGUGUGGUUAUGCUUGAACUAUUAACUGGCCGGAAGCCACUUGACAGUUCAAGAGUCAGAUCAGAGCAAUCACUUGUGAGGUGGGCUACUCCUCAACUCCAUGAUAUAGAUGCCUUGGCCAAAAUGGUUGACCCUACUCUGAAUGGCAUGUAUCCUGCAAAGUCACUGUCACGCUUUGCUGAUAUCAUUGCCCUCUGUGUUCAGCCGGAACCUGAGUUUCGACCUCCGAUGUCUGAGGUGGUGCAAGCAUUGGUACGGUUAGUGCAAAGAGCAAGUGUGGUUAAAAGGAGACCCAGUGAGGAAUAUGGUUUUGGUCACAAAACCCCUGACCAUGAGGGCAUAGACAUGUCAUUUUAAGUGUCUGUGCCUCAUCUCAUCAUGUCUCUUGCAAUUUUGUGUAAAGUGGUCCUGUUAUCCGGCUCAAAGAAUCAUGAAACAAAGGGAGUGUAACUUUGUGAAAAUAUAUCAAACAUUCAAGAUAUUUAUUUGUAAUUAUGUUUGUUGGAAUUUUUUCACACAUCAUCAUAAUUUGGAAAAUGAACUGUAUAUUACAAAAAAAAAUCACUAUAGAGCAACUUUAUGAGAUUCAGCCAUGUUGGCCAGCACUGACAAAUUUCCAACAACCGACAUGAAUGCCAUACCUGAGUGAAAAUAAAUUGGAUUAUUAUGACUUAUGACAGUGCAUGUAACAUACAUCGCUAUUCCCAAUAAGAGACAGUACAUUUGGCGUUUUC